GGGCCAACCAAACUGAAAGGACCCCCACUUUCAGUUGGAUCCUUGGACGCCUCUCGAGCGAUGGCUGAUGGCUGCGAAGAUGAGGUGCUUUGCGAGCUGGUGGUUGUGUGCAUGCUCAACGUGCUGCCACCCAAGGUGGUGCCCUCCCGGAGCUUCGCCACCGCGGGUUUUCAGAUCGCCCCUCGACGCCAUGGGAAGGCCCAGUCCUUGAUCGAUGCCUGGCAUGCGGCGCAGAGUCUGGGACGUCAGGCAGCGCCUGCGGAGAUGCAGCGGCGCUUGGGCGGCCUAGUGGGCAGCACUUGCGCGCAAGCCUGGUGGCAGGAUGCCUCUGAGUCCAGCAGCUCGCAGCGCCAGGUGCUUGCCAGCUUUCUGGCACAAGGCGGAGGAUCCAAGGAGGCGUCCUUCGGCGCGGCCUGGAUCCUCAGCGCCUUGGAGGACGCCGUGGGCUGCGCCGCCGCGAGCGCCGUGGCCAAGAAGGUUCCGCGGCCCAGCAGCGCGGCCCCGGAGCGAGGUCCAUCGCGAAGUUUCCGGCCGCCUUCGCGCGUGGGUGCGAAAGGCGAGAAGCCAGUCCUUGCCCGCUUCAAGCUGCUCACCAUCAAGCACUUUGUCCAGGCAGCUCGAUCGGACGAGGACUUGCAGAACUGCCCGCUGAUCGCCACCUGCUUGGCCGACGUCGCCACGGGCGUGGCGCCCUACCUGGAGACGGAGCUGCUGCUGGGUAUGGACGUCUACCGGGAGCGGCUGGUCGCCUGGGCACAGGAAAGCCAAGGCAGCGACCCCAAAGCCGUGCAAGAUGCCAUCGCGCAGGCCAUGAAGGUCAGCGCGGCUGCGCUGGAUCAAUCUUCCCGAGGUUUCGAGGCAAAGCCCCUCAAGGGCCAGGAGCGCAGUCUGUCCGCCGGAGGCCGAUCCUCGUGGCUGCCCAAGGCAUUCGUCCGCGAAUUCAAUGCAGAGGGAGAUGAAGUCGAGGCGGAUUUGGAUGAAGACAGUUCGCCCGUUAA